AUGCUCGCUACCCUCCUUCUGGCCGCCUCCGCGAUCCCGUUGCCUGCCAUUGGGCUCGCCCGGGCCCAAGAGCAAGCCCCCCAAGAUGAGGCGCCCAUGAUCCGGGACUAUUUCCAGGCCGGCGGCCACUACGCCGAGAACAGCGCAGGAGAGCACGUCUUCCAAGACCAGAUCUACGUGGAGCACCUGGUCCCCGUGCAUGGUGUCACCCAAGAGCAUCCCAUCGUCUUUCUACACGGCUCGGCACAGACAGCAACGAAUUGGCUCAACAAGCCCGACGGCGGUCGCGGGUGGGCGUCUCGUUUCAUCGAGCAGGGUUACGAGCUGUUCCUCGUCGACCAGCCGUCACGGGGUCGCUCGGCAUGGCAGCCAGAUACCGGCCCCGAGUUGGAGCCGCCCUUUGCGGCUGAGAACCUGCAGCAGCGAUUUACCGCCAGUGAGAGGUACAACCUCUGGCCGCAGGCAGCAAUGCAUACGCAGUGGAACGGCACCGGCUUGAUGGGAGACCCAGUUUUCGAUCGCUUCUACGCAUCCCAGGUGCAGUACACGGCCAACCUGACGUUUCAGCAACACAAGACCCAAGCUGCGGGUUCUGCGCUGCUCGACCAAAUUGGCAGGCCCGUGAUCCUCGUGGGCCACAGCUCGGGGGGUCAGCUGCCGAUAGUGAUUGCAGACGCACGCCCGGGUCUCACAGCAGGCCUGAUACUCCUGGAGCCAUCUGGGCCGCCCUUCACGAACGCGGGCGUGCAGGGGAAUGAUUCGGCUCGUGCCUGGGGAGUUGCAGACAUCCCGCUCACUUACGAUCCGCCAGUAUCCGACCCCGCCGUCGACCUGGUCAGGAAGAUCGUCGCGGCGCCCGACGAAAAUCACGUUGGCUGCACCCUGCAGGCGGAUAGUCCUGCGCCGCGCAGGUUGGCCAACCUGGCUGAUACGCCCAUCUUGGUGGUGACGGCAGAGUCGUCAUUUCAUGCAGUCUACGACUACUGCAACGUGGACUAUCUCCGGCAGGCAGGGUGCACUUCUUUGGAAUAUGUCGAGCUGGGCGCAGCUGGGAUUCACGGCAAUGGGCACAUGAUGUUCCUAGAGAAGAAUAGCGAUGCCAUCCAGGCCAUGUUGCAGGAAUGGAUUGCGCAGUUAAAUUAA